CGGCACUGGGGCGACGCGGCCCGCCAGCACCUGCCGGGACCCAAAUGAAGACGCAGGACACUCUGGAGAAACAUGGAGCGGAGAACCGAGCCCCCCGACUCCAUUUCCCGAAGCUGAGCGGCACCUGCGCCAUCCUUCUAAGAAAGUGGGGAGAAGGUGCUGGAGUCCCAGGAGACGCGCCCCCUCAAUUCCCUCCCUGUCCGCAGAGCGGUGACUCAGCCUAGAUGGCCCCGACUGAUUGAGCCGGGGCGGCCACGACAGACGCACACCUCGACCCUGCGACUCUCUCGGGACCCCUGCCCCGCAUGCUGCCCAGACGCCCCUUCCCAGUCCUGUCCGGUCCCUUCGGGCUGUCCCACUGCCCAGGACUUCCCGCCUCUGCGAGUGGAGCUGUCCUCUCAGGACCAGGCGGGGGCGGGGCUUCGGCCAGGCGCCCCACUCCACCCCCACCGCCACCGCACUGCCGGAAGUGCCUCCCCACUGGGACAUCUUUGACGUCACAGGACUCUGACGUCAACGGUCGCGUGCCUGUCCGCGCGUGUUUGGGCGGAGGGAGACGUGAGAAGCAGCAGCGCCCCGGCCGCGGGCGACGGGACAUCCCCGCCCGGGCAGUGCGCCGGCACCUUGGCUCUAGACUGCUUACUGCCCGGGCCGCCCUCAGUAACAGUCUCCAGUCACGGCCACCGACGCCUGGCCCCGCCCCAGGACCGCCGACCCCGGGCCCCUCCGCGCCUCCCUGCGCCGCUGUCCGCGGUGCUGAUGCAGCGCAGGAGCCUCCCUCGGGCCCGCCCGUCCAAGGUCCCCGUUGGCUGCUGUGGGCGCUGGUCCCGCACACGCUCGUACAGCCCCAGCUGCCCCCGCCGCCUGCGCUGCUGACGUCAGCCUGACAGUCCCGCCCCCGCGUCUCCAGGGCAACCGUGGCUUUCGAUUGUUACUGUGGGAACCGGAGGUAACAGUCUACAGCCAUGGUCGCCCCGCAGCACGCCCACGCUCCCCACCACGCCGAGUUCUGCCAGCCCGGGUUUGGGCAGAUGCAGAACAAGAGGAGGCGGGGCGGCGACGCAACAUCCGAUGUGUCUGCGGGGGUGGCAGGAGGUGUGCUCAGAGAGGCAGCCUAUGAGGCUGUUGCCUGCGCAUCCACCCAGGCACAGAAACAAGCCAGGUCCGCGGAGUGUCUAAGCAUCCUCCUCAGUGACUGUCCGGUUUUUCCAGUCGAGCUAUCUGCUACCUACUGGUGGCAAAAAAUUAGGUUGUUCUGAGAUAAGAAUUUUUAUCUUCUGAGGAGGAGGGUGUGGAGGACAGGUGAGACCAGAAGUCCUUCAAGAAGGGAAAACACGUUUGCCUGCAGAGGGCUAAAGGGGCCGGAGAAGGAAAUUUAUCACACGUUUCUUCCAGAAACUCCCAGGUGAGCAGGCAUAGGGCAAAGAAUUCAUUUCCUGAUAGAGCUACAACCUCUCUAUGACUUUGUCUCCCCAACUUUCUCCUGAACCACAGAAGAUGAUCCUUGCCGGCUGAUAGUGGCUUAUGCCUUUAAUCCUAGCACUCGGGAGGCAGAGGCAGGAGGAUCUCUGUGAGUUUGAGGCCAGCCUGAUCUACACAGGGAGUUCCAGGACAGCAAGUUCACCUGAUCCCUUCUCCCUUCAGUUGGUCUCUAAGUACUGUAUCCAACGUGCCAUGACAAGGAGUACCACAAAGGCCAAAUCUGUGGCUAGGGCUGCUGAGGGACUCUGCUAGGGUACUGUCUUCAGGGCUUUAAAAAUCCUCUGAUCUAAUCGAGGCAGAAGAAACAAACUACAGGGACAUUCUGAACCCAUCAGAAGAACGUGGGCAGAAGGUUGCCUGUACAAUGCUGCGAUUGUCUGGUAUCCUAGAAAGCAUUUAGUGUAAACCAUGCCCUCUUCCCCAAGGAUUAUUUUACGGGUUGGAAAGCUGAGGCCUAAGUUGGGCAUUUAGCCUAUAGUGAAGUGGUAGUUACUGCCUGCUUUCUACAGGAGAGAAACCACCAAAGCCAGGAGCAGUGGUGAUAAGUACAUGCAGGCCCAGCUACUCAGGAGACUGAGGAAAGUGAGCCCGUGAGUUCAGAAGUUCCAGGCUAGCCUGGGCAAUAUGGUGAGAUCCUCUGCGUCUCAAAACAACGGGGAGGGAGGCAUGUGAUGGCAACAGGCAAGAAUGUGAACUUUUGGAUCCGAAUCACCCAAUCUUGAGUAAUGUACUUAGCCUUUGUGUCUGUUUCCUCAAUUGUAAAAUUCGGUUAUUAGGUUAAUGACAGUACUUACUUCAUGACAUUACAAAGUAAAAUUAGGCAAUAAGAUGGUGGGCUGAACACAGAGCUCCAUAGUACAGUCUGUGCUUAACAUGCCCAAGGUCCUGGGUUUGGUUCAAGGCACCAAAAAUAAAUGAGUUAAGCCAUGGUGGCAGAUACUUUUGAAUCCCAGC